CAGUAAAGUUUGUGUGGAUCCUCCAUGAGAGUCAGCUGGAAGAGAAAGAGAGGCUGUUUAUUCAUUUGGAGACCAUGACAGCGGAUUAAAUCCGUUUAAAAUCGAAGUUUAGAUAUUUAUCAGUAAUCAGCAGAAACACCGAGUCGAUUUAACGAGAAAUAACGGGAUAAAACGGGAAUUUAAAGCGAACGACGGAGUCGAGCUAGCUGUGCAUCAAUAAGGAAAGAUUACAGUGCAUGUGCCUCACAGCAGAUAAACUCAGGCAUGCAGUGGACUCUGCAGCUUUGCACGCUGUGCAGCUCUCAUAAUGAGACCAUGUAAACAAAAAUAGCUGCUGCUCAGAGCUGCAGCAUCAGGCCUGUGAAAUAAAGCCGGCGAGCUAGGUUGGACCUGAAAUCGUCUCCGUGACCAACGGCGUGCUGACAGACCUUGGAGGUGCCUUCACCAUGACGACAGUAAAACAGUCACACACUUUACAGUAAACCAGAGGGCACUGUUUGUCUCAUCCCCGCACUCGGCAUCGUCUCUGAUCUCUUCUCUCCGUCACGGCGCUUGCCACAGCGCUCACCACGUGCAAUCAUGCAUCUGGAAGUAAAGGUGGCGCUGAACUUCAUUGUGUCCUACCUGUACAACAAGCUGCCUCGCCGUCGAGCCGACCUGUUUGGCGAGGAGCUGGAGAGGAUCCUGAUGUCACGCUUUGAGGGUCACUGGUACCCUGAAGCCCCCCUCAGAGGCUCUGCUUUCCGUUGCAUCCACCUGGGGGCGCCACGGGACCCUGUAGUGGAGCUGGCAGCGAAGAGGAGUGGUCUAGACACGGAGGAGGUGCGUGCUAACGUCCCUGCAGAGCUGAGCGUGUGGAUCGACCCUUAUGAGGUGUCUUAUCAGAUCGGGGAGAAGGGUGCCGUGAAGGUGUUGUACCUGGAGGAUCCGCCGGGCCUCGGCUGUGACAGUGAGGGGGCGGAGUCAGAUGGGAAAGGUGAUGUGGAGACAGAGGAAGCGAAGAGUGUGGGUUUUAACCCUGACGCUCAGGUGUUUGUUCCUGUUGGAAGUCAAGCGUCUCCUGCCCUCAUGCCCUCACUCUCCAGCUCACCAACGCCGCUGUCAGCCCCACCCUGCUCCACUCUCUUCACCUACCCCAGCGCCAGCACGCCAACUGACCCUGCCGUCCACUCCUCCAACACCUCUACCCCGUCUCCUCCCAGCAGCGGGCUGCCCUACCUCCCUGCUCAGCAGCCGCCCGCCACUCUCCCUGCCGCCCGGCCUCAGCCCAUCACCUUCACCACCGCCAGCUUCGCCGCCACCAAAUUCGGCUCCACCAAGAUGAAGAAGAGCAGCGGGGCGGGGUCAACAGCCGGCUCUGCUCAGAGGAUGCUGUCACGCUCCCCGACCACCAUCUCAGCCCCAGAGCUGCUGAAGCACAAGCCGCUGUCUCUGUCGCUGCACUCGCUCGGAACGCCGCUCGCCAGCCAGCUUUCCCCUAACGCCAAAGAGUUCGUCUACCCAGGAUCCCCUGCCCCCCUUUACUUUGAAACCGACGCCCCGCCCAUACAGCCCCACGCCACUCCAUUCCAACCAGCCCACACCGUUGCCACCCACCCAUCCUUCGACCCUUUCUCCAGCCCUCCUCCGGCUCAAAACGUGGGCAUCAUGAGCAGCAGCGGCAGCGGGAUCCCAUUCAUGGAGAAGGCGCCGUUUGUGGAUGGAUUAGGAAACUACAACCUGCAAUAUCCCGCCCAGUCCUUCCAGCCAGUGGUGCUGGCUAACUGAGCCUCCAUCUGUAACCUGGACAGGUUUGACGGGCGUGGGAGGAGCUCUGUUUUCUAAAUGAAGUUGUCACACUAACACAAGCUAAGGAUCCGUUUAUUACACAGAUUUAAACAGGUUGUGUUUGUUUUGGCCCCGCCUCCUCUGGUUCUUCACUUUCUGUGUGUUAGCGUUUGUUACGGGGAGGGAGGAAGGGAGGGGAUUUUUCUACCUUGAGUCGUUGCCAGUCUCUUCAUGUUGAUCAUUUUGCAUUGAAUGUCGGGAUUCGUAGUCCAGUAGCGCUGAGUUGGCUGGCUCUGUGAGAAAGAUGGCCAAGUCCUACAGAGAGCGACGGCUGUGGAGAGCUCAGCACUUUGUUCUGCAAUCUGCUCCGACCCACAUGCCACAAACAGAGAGGGUGUGUGUGACUGUGUGUGUUCUGUUUUGUUUUGGCUCAGUGUUUCUCAUGCACAAGAACAAUCUGACGCUGUUGUUGUCAGCCGGUGUUUAUCGGAGCAGUUUAACGUCUGCAGAAAGCGUGCAUGAUGAGGCGUAGAGGCAAUGAGAGUGAUGGAGGGAGAAGAGAUUAUAUACAGGAGAAUGUAUCCCAUAGGGAUGUCAUGAAGGCACAGUUUAAACUUUGAUAUAUUCUAAAAAUCAAACAGUAUUGAUUAAUGUUUGAUAAAGCAAAACAAAUCUGACACCUAAUAUUCUUUACUUUAUUAUUUAUAAUAGCAAAAAUCUGCAGCCCAACUCCUGCACUAUUAAAAUGGCACAAAAAGCUUGCAACAUUUCUGCAUGGUAACAUUGCUGAUGUGUUUGUACUAUAACAGUGCUUUUUCUUCUCACAACUUGUCCUUAAAAUAGAUUGAAGAGCUUAGGUUUGCUUUUAGCUUUGGUUCUUUUUUACAUUAUUUUUGGGAAAGUACUAGAUUGUAUAGUUUCUAAAACACAGCAGUUAAGUGGUGCUCCAUACACACAGGCGGCCCAGGUUCGACUCUGGUCUCUCAUCUGCUCUCUCAUCCCCAUUUCGGACUUUAUCCACUUUCCUCCUUUUUGUUAAAGACAUAAAAAGGCCCAAACAUAUCUUUAAAAAAAAGAACUCAUGGUAUUUAAAAGAACUGGAGAAUCAAAAGAUUUGACAACUUUGGAUUAAGUGGAAGCUCAAAUGAAUUGCACAUAAUCUUGCACAAUAAGCAAAGAAUAUCAAGGAACCCAUUAUGUAUAAAUUGCAAUAUUGCGGGGGAAAAAAUUAAAAUGAUCUCAAAUCGUUCAGCUCUAUUGCCAACUGAUCUGAGCAACAUAAAUCAUUUUCACUCUCCUUAGGUUGCAAACACGAUUUUUAAGAUUUUCUAUUAAGCAAGUCCUAGAUGCCCAAUAUUGGGCAACUUCUCAUUUUCAGUUGCCAAAAGUUUCAGCUGAUAUUGAGGGAGGCACUCCUGGCCAGUUCUACCAUCUAGUCCAAACGUUGCCAACUGAUUUGUGCAACUUUAAGGCCUCUCUCUUCCAGCUUCGAUAGUGUUUGAUAUUAUUUAUGGGAAAAAAUAACAGGUUAUUUUGUUUUCAACACACAGUAUCAAUGAGAAAAGAUUUGAUAACCUUGGUCUGAGAAUGUCCGCAGUAAAAGAUCAGCUGGAUGUCAUUCUUGUUUGAAAAAUUGAUACCAACAAACACUAUGAAAUAAAACAAAAAUACAAAUCCUAGACACCAAGUAUUGGGCAGUUUCUUUUGUUCAUGGUCACGAAUGAAGACCUGCUGUUUUUUUAUGUUAUUGCACUUUUUUGGCACAAUCACUCAUUAAAAUAAGAUUUUUUAUCAUUUUAAAACCCAUAGUAUUAAAAAAGGACUGUUAAAUCUGACAACCUUGAUUGAAGGACACCCAUCAGUCCUGUGGUUUUUGUGCAGUUUUUGUUGGAGUUUGCGUGUAAUUUUUGAUGGAUUCGCUCCUCUCCCACACAUCAUUGAAAUUAAACAAGUAAAUCGUUAUUGAUCAUCAUCAUGACAGAGUUUUUGAGUUUGUCAGACACAGUGGUCAUUGUAAAAAUCCAAACUAAAAUCUGCCUGUUUACAGACAACAAAAUAGUUGAUACCUCUGUGAUCCACACAGGGAUCUAAGUUGUGUUUUCUACACACACUCACGUACAGUUACACACACUUUUCCAGGCAGUGGUGUGUGAAGGUGAACGGGCGGUGGCGAAGGAGAGGGGGAGGGGAUGCAGCAGGGAUGGUGAUAAAUGGCUUAGCAUGACUUUGACUAUGAAGGAGAGGUUUUCCUCUGAGUGGACACACACAGGGAGGAGGGAGAGGAGGAAACAGGAGGAGCGGCUCCAUGUGCUUUAAGAAUGACUCUUUUAAACCCUGAACACGUUUGUGCCGAGCUUAAACCAUUCUAUUCUCUCUCUCUCCUUUUUGAUAUUCUUGGGCGAUCUCGGCUCCUCACGCGGUUACAGAAAACACAGAACAUAAACACUUCAAGCUUCUGCUUCCGUCUGCUGUACUUAUGAGGAUAAAGAUGUAAAACGAAUGCUUUUGUUUGAAAAUUUACAGAUCUUCUCACUGCAGCAUGAGAGAACAAACGCCUUCCUAAUUGCACAAAAACAUCAGCAACAUUUACAUGCUGUGUUUUUGCAUCAGUAGUAUUUAAAGCACCAGUGCUUGAAGAUGACAUCUAUCUUAUAAGGCAGUUUUAUAAGAGAGACAUGCAUCCUUUUAAAAACAUAAAGCAGACAAGGUGUGGCACUAAAUUGCAUUAGAACAUUGGCAACAUUUUUGCAAAACUUUAAAAAUUCACUCUUGAUUUAAUUUGAUCAAUUAAGCAUGAAGUCAGAUUUUGACCAAAAGCUUCCAUGAGGGGAAAAAAGGAAAAGAGAGCUGGCUGUCUAAGUUGCGCAAAUAAGUUGGCAACAAAAUACUCCAGGCUUCUAUUUCCCGCUGCAGAUAUGAGGGCGAAAAUAAAAACAUGAAGGCAGUUGGGGGGAGAAAAACUCAGAUCUUCCAGCUGCUGUGUGAGAAAAGAAAAGGCCCUUUUUUAGUUGCACAAAAACUUUGGCAACAUUUCUAGAAUUUAAAGUUGUCCAAAAUGUCUGGUCUCUUAAUGUUUCAAAAUGACCAAAUCCCCUUUUUUUUAGUUUUUGUUGGUUUCAGUUUUAGUUUCCUCUCCAAAUUGCACAAAUAUGUUGGCAACAAAACACAGAACACCUCAGGUUUCUAUUUCCUGCUGCAGAUAAGAGGUUGAAGAUCAAAGUUGUUGCAUACAAACCUUAAGAUCCUCAAGUUGCAAUGAGAGGAAGAUGGAGCGCUUUCUUAAUUGCACAAAUACAUUGGCAACAUUUUUGUUUAUUUAAGUUGUAAAAAAUGUACAAUCUCUCAGUGUGUUUUCGAAUGAUAAAAACUGAACGGCUGAAGGUGUUAAAAAGUACAGAAACGUACAAAAAGAUCUACAGCUGGUGGUCACAGUUUACAAAGAAGUGCUUUCUAAAUUGCACAAAUACAUUGGCAAUGAAACACAGCAUGCAACCCUGCCUCCUUCUGCAGAUAAGAGUUUUAUGGUCAAAGUUGUAUACAAACCUAAGGAUCUUCAGGCCAUAAUGAGAGGAAGACAGAGCACUGUCUUGAUUGCACACAUUGGCAACAUUUUUAUGUACUUUAGUUGCUAUAAUGUAAAAUACCUUUAAAAUAUAGGUUUCAAAAUGACAGUCUCUAUAAUUUAGAAUUACUGGUCUCAAAAAGUACUGAAAAAAAUCUUCAAAAGUUAAUAUUUUAAAAAGGAAUUGCUUUAUAAAUUGCUCAAAUUUGUUGGCAACAAAACACCGAAAACAAACUCUUCAGGUCUAUUUCUUGCAGCAGAUAAGAGGUUGAAGAUCAAAGUUUUUGUUAAAAAAAAGUUUAGAUCUUCAAGCUUCAAAGAGAGGAAGAUUGCACAAAAACAUUGGCAACAUUUCUGUGCAUUGAAGUUGUCAAAAAUGUUUCAAAAGACAAAAUAUGUUAUUUUAAUUCUCGAUAGUUUCAAAAAAGGAUACAUAGAAACUUGGUAAAUCUAUAACUCUUCAGUCACAGUUAAACUGAAAUAAAAGCUUUUCUUAAUUGCCCUAAUAUGUUGGAAACAUUUGGAAUUGCUAACCCGUUGAAUUCCACUGAAUACGAGAUGGGUUGCUUUCUCAGUUUUCCUUUGCCAACAUUUAUGUGCGUGACAACUUCUGUACAAAAACUUCAGAUAUUCAGUUUGCUUUUUACAUUUCCCCAUUCUUUACCGGUUCCAAACAUUGCUUACUAAUUUGUGCAAUUCAGGCAAAGUGCAGGAGUUGGUCUGCAAUUUUUGACAAUAAAACACAAUAAAUCAGCCAUAAAUGGUUGUCCAGGACUUGUAUUUCUGCUGUUGUGGUAUCAAACAUAUAAUAUAUGAGAGUUUAAACGGCGGUAUCAUAGUGUCGUUCAGUGAUGGAUUGACAGAGUUCCGUCUCUCCUGUACUCGUUGACCUGCUGGGUCCAUGUCUUUGGUGGUUUGGGUGGUCUAACCCUCAGAUUUUGAGCUGUUCAGCACUUUAUUUUAUCACUGAGCUCUGAAGCUUUGUGUCGCCCACGGACAGAAACCGUGUGUUUGCUUGGUAAUGACACGAUCUCAUCAGCUCCAGAGAUUCAGACAGGAGAUUAAUUUGUGUUAAAGACAUCGGCUGCUGAGGAGAAUCUGUCCAUCGUGGGUUUAUUUGAAUGUUUUUGUAAUAAAUGACCCGAGGACUUGUUCACGUGCAUGAAAAGAUUGAUUUCUUUAUUUUCAGGGGAACGGGGUGGGGAGUUUUCAUUUUUGUUCAUGCUCUGAUUUAGAGGAAAAAGAUGCAUUUGUAAUGUUUCUUUUUUGUAAUUUAUUUCAAAUCUUUCUAUAUUUUUGUUUUUGCAGAUUCUCACUGACAUUUGUACGAGUAUAAGACGUGAAAAGUGCAGGAAUAUGUAAAUACAGAGUUGUUCUGUUGAGAUUCUUUGUUUAGUUUCUUACAUGCUGAGGUUAUUUUUUCACUAAAUAACAUGAAUAUAUGCAAACUGAGACAAAAUAAAGAUAAAAAAGUAUUGAAUGUGUAUUGUACCUUGUACAGCAUUAGUGUAAUAAGACGGGUAAAUGUAUUAAACCCUUGAGGUGGAUGAGGAGUUUAAGACGUGAAUGUUUACAGACGGUUUGUGUAGGAGAACAUCGCUCGCAUCACUUUUUCUGUUCAUCCAGGACACGCUGAAAUAUGUCAGAACAUUUAAACCAAAAAUGUACAUUUCUCUUUAUUUUGAGUCAGAUUCACAUUUUGUGAAUUUGAUGCAUUUUCUGUGCUCGUCCUUCCUUUUGAUUCAGAUUAUCCCUCUCUUUUUGCACAUUAAUCAGACCAACACUCAGUACGUUUACAUUCAGUUAGAAAUAGUUUAUUGUGUUAAAAGGCAGGAACUGGACUCAAAUCUAAACACGUUUGUCUGACAGAAAUCAUACUAAUUAGGCUCAAGGUGCACUCUACACCCAGUUGCCCCUAUACCGUGCCGAAGCAUGAUUUCCCCCUUCCCCAGGUCCUCCACUGGCCUACAGUCAAACUCCUCCUCACUGACCUGAGCAUGGUUACCUCUUGUACAUGCAUCAUAACCUUGUAUUAUGCCACAUAACUGAUUUUGUGGCUCAUUUUAAGUCGUUUUGGUCGGAUACUUCUCUGGUUAUCUGUUAUGCAAGGUGAUACAUCAUUUUGUAGUGAUUAUACAACAUGUCCAUGUUGGAUACCCAUGCUUCUGGUGGUGCAUGAGGAACCACGCUGUAAUGAAGCCCACAUCGUCUAUCUGUGCCCGGGUGCACUAACAUCCAAAUAAUGUGGUUAAAGAUUGUUCACAAUUGAAACUCACUCAAGCACGGUUGCUUUUUGCACAUUAUGUUGUAAUACGACGCUUGAAACUUUGCUUUAAGGGAACAUGGUUUUGAGUUGUUUUAGUCAAGAAUAUCCCCUUAAACAUCCUCAAUUUCUCUAUUAUGCAAGGCAGCAGAAAUGACGCAUUCAGGCUAUGUUGCAUACCCGAGCAUGGCCAGCCUUACCAUGCCAAAGCCUGGUUUUUUCCAUCUGUGCAGGUUGGCCAUAACGCAUCAAGCUUAUGUAGUCAAGGAUGGAUUUAUUGUGCACUCAUACUAAGCCCUGUUGCACCAUAUCUUGCUGAAGCACGUUUGACCCCCUCCAGGCCCAACCAGACCUGAGCACAGUUACCUCUUAAACACAGCUGGGUCAAGAGUGCGGAAUUCCGAGAACAUGACAGCAACUUAACUCACUUUUGAGUUGUUUUAGUCAGAUAUGUCCCCCUAAAAUUCCUUGAUUUCUCUAUCAUGCAAGGCAGCACGUUGAUUUUUCAGAAAGUAUUCACCUUGUCCAUCUUGUGUGCUUGAGCAUGAUCAACCAUACCUUGCCAACCCCACUUUUUCCAUCCAUGCUGGGAAGCCUUGACACAUAAGGUUUAUGUCUAUCAAGACGGAUUUUGGGUGCACUCACAUCUCGCAUUAGGCCCUUUUGCUCCUUACCAUGGCGAAACACGAUUGUCCCCCAUCCCCAGUCCCCUUCUGGCCUAUGCUCACGGCUCCAAGCCCAACUGGACCUCUUGUACAUACUAUGACAUGCAGAUUCUCCCUUAAGACUUCAGAAUUCUUGUGAGUUUUAUCCUGCUGACUGUUAAUUAGCAGCUGCCUAAAUUUCAAGUAAACGAUCGACCUUUGCUUCAGACCAACUUGUUGGCAGCAAACUUGUUAGCCUAGUCAACUAGAAAAAGCCCAGCAGGAACUAGCUGAAAGAAGGCGUAUCACCAUCUACUGUGGUGGGGUCAGAACGAACCUCCAUCAAUAUAUGGAGUGUGCCUGUACCGGGACAAUAACAGCAGUCCACUUUAAAUGACCUAGCUAGACUAUGGCGCAGCUGAACUUUGCAUGUAAACGUACUGACUGUUUGUGUGUCCUUGAACUUAAAUCAGAUUUAUUCCUAUUUCUCUAAAGAAAAAGUGUUUAACCUCCCAAAAAAUGAAGCCAUAUCCAGACUGUCUUUACUUACACAGACGCUAACCCUCUUUUAGUGCAAUCUAACGCCAUAAUUUAAAUGACCCUGAAGGAUUCAAGGGGUUACUACCUCUCCACACCCUGAGUAAAAUAUAACUAUAAAUGUAUAUCUAUAGAAAUGUCUCCUCAGACAGAGUUAAGGAGGUUUAUGAAGGAAAUGAAUGUGCUGUGAAUGUGAUCCAGUGUCACUCAGCCCUGUUUGAGACGGCCUGUGGAAGCUUCUUUGGAAAAUUCAGUAACAUUUGUCUGAAAAGCUAAAGCUUGUUUGAUCUAGAGCAAGUACAUUUAAAAGAUGAUUCCCACCUUGGUUGGUUUCUCUCUAAACACAGGCUGUUCCUCAUUCAGGGCUGGACGUGAUCGAAGAGGAAAACCAGAGUUUUGUACCCUGAUGUCCUUUGCUUAUAUCGACGUGUGCGUUUUAUUUUGCACUUUGGAAUAUUUCAUUGUCAUAAAGAAGUUUAUUUUCUAUGUAAGAUUUCACAUUUAAGAGUAAAACGGAUAUAAUUCAGAUGAUGUAUAAAUAUAUAGUGCUUUCUCUCCUGCCUGUAUUUUAUUAUUUUUCCUAUUUUGUACACCCUGUAGAUGUCGAAAGAAUCUUUCACUACUGAAAAUGCAAAGACCUGUUUUCUGUGCUGCCCCUUGAUACGGGGACUUCCUACUGCAGUUUCUUAUUGUUCAGAUUCUUUUUUAAGUUUGUAAUAAAAAGAAACAGAUUGGCAAAAAGAA